CAAUGUAACACACCAGCUUAUUGGGACUUUAACGUGCAUUUUCCUCUAAAAGUCCACUUAUUACGAGUGUGUUAUUUUCUCGCAGGUAGUUGGAAGUUUUCAGGUGACGAUGAUUUGAGAAAAGCUAAGGGCUGUGAUCAGCUGUUGCAAAAAAUAGUUUAUAAUAACGGAAAGAGUGAACGUAAGUGCUAGAGAAAGCGAGAGAGCACUUUGUAAAAAUAAAAAGCACGUUUGAAAAAUGAAAGUUAUGGAGAGCAGUGUAAUGCGUUUAGUGGCCGUGCAGCAGCUUCGCUCGGCUUAUGGGAUAAAGAUCAAGAGCUGGAACAAAAGCAAAGCAGCCAGCUGCAAGACGACAGUCAGCAACUCGACAAAAGUUUUCGGCCUCCCCUUGGAUUGCUUACCGUUCUGCUAUACAGAAUGUGGAAAAGUGCCAAGAUUUCUGGUUGAUGCAUGUGUGCAUCUGCUAGCACAUGCCGACACAGAGGGCCUGUUCAGGAAAUCAGGCUCCGUUGUCCGCCUGAAAGCACUCAGGUCUAAACUUGAUGCAGGAGAAGAGUGCCUGUCCACCGCUCCUCCCUGCGAUGUUGCGGGCCUGGUAAAGCAGUUCUUCAGGGAGCUCCCAGAACCUGUCCUUCCUACGGAGCUGCAGGAUGCCUUUCUCAAGGCCCAGCAGCUCCCCACUGAGGAGGACAGAACCUCUGCCACCACGCUGCUGUCCUGCGUGUUACCAGACAGAAAUAUUUGCAUCCUGCGCCACUUUUUUCACUUUCUUCGCAACAUCUCUCUAAGGAGUGCAGAAAAUAAAAUGGAUAGCAGUAAUUUGUCUGUAAUUUUGGCUCCCAACCUCCUUCACUCUGGAGAUGGAACAGAAAAGAUGAAUGCCAACACGGAGAAACGCCUCAAACUACAAGCGGCCUUGGUCCACUGCUUCAUAGAGAAUGCACACAACUUUGGCUUGUUACCGCUAUUUCUUCAGGAGAAAGUUCCUGCCAUGAUGGGUUAUGAGGCAGGUGGUCUGUCUCCCUCUCAGGGUGAGGAUGAAGAGGGGGAUUUAAACUCUGGGAUGAAAAGAAAAAGCAGACGCAGCUUUGGACAUAUGGUCAGUGGUGCACUGAGUAAGAUAAAAACUAAUAGAACACCCACAAAAGGCUCCCAGGUGGAGAGUCUUGUCUUUUCCUCUGCAACUCCUGUGAUUGUGACUCCGUCCUCCAAGCGAAAGCUUCCUUUUGAGCCUCGCCAAUCUUUUGGAUUUUCGAACAAGAAGCGUAGAUCUGUUAAAAAGAGCCUUGGGAUAGACUUGCUUCCCAACCCUUUGUUCAGUGGCUCCACUACUCCUGGUUCAGCCUACAGUUCAUCGGGCGUCUUGGACCCUUCCCCAAACACCUUGUCAUCAGCAGGAAGGUCUAAAAGGCAGCCUGCGGCGUCUUUAAGGAGGAAGAGCAAGCGACUUAGUAAUAGACAUGUUACCAGAGUUGAAUCUGGAAAAGCUGGCUGCUUCUCACCUAAAGUCGGCAAGAAAGAAGAUCCACGCAAGUCUCUACGCAAGCGUUUUAGCUUGGGAAAGAGCAGCAAAGACGCUGGUUCUGAGUCCAUUGGCUGGCGACUUGCCUCACAGGAGAGCACAAGUUUUCUUCUCACUGAGGAGACCAAGUUCAGACCAUUUGUUCUUCCCAGAAAUACAGAAUCCAAGAGCUCCAAGUACAUUAGCAAGUCAGAAGACAACUUGCUGACACCUCAAUGUGGCUCGAGGACCCAUCAGGCUUCGUGGAUUGAAGACACCCCUCUCAGCGCUCAGGCGUUUAGCGGAGGGUCUUUCACUGAUUCCCCCAUACGCGUGCGCCUCAAGAACAACUACAUGUCUGAGCCUGCCAUUGUUAUUUCUAAGCCUUCACCAGGAAACAUCCUGCCCAUGAAGCUGUGUUGUGCUUCCAGCGCGGAGAGCCUCGAGAGCGCUGAAACUCUGAGAGGAACGGGCCCAGCUCUGAAAAUCCAGAAGGAUGCCAUAGAGCCUGCGAUAGAGGAUUCCUGCAGCUUUGUAGGAGAAUAUGUGAAAAAACCAUCAGAAAGCAUCCAUGUUACUCCACCCAAGACCCCCGCAGUCAAACCUUUGUCUGUGGACACUGAGACCCCCUGCUUCCAAGCUCAGCGGAGCCUUCUGGGAAAUGAGCAGAACAGUACAUUUGGUCAAAUUGAAAUGGCUGCACUCACUCCUUUGCAUAUUGAUAGUGCAGUCUUUGAUUCUAGCGUUCACUGUAGUCCAUUACACAAAGUUAGAUCUGCCUCCUUCGGUAGCCAUGGCAACUCAGCUGAGAGGCUGGCAGAGCAGAUAAACUGCAGCAGGUUUAUCGAUGCUCUGGAUGUGCAGAGUCCUGCUCAUUUCACACUGAGCGUCUCCUCAUCAACUCCAUACAAGCUGCUCAAAGAGGAGCCUGCCGCGUCGAACACAACUGCUGCUGCAGGCGGCAAAUCUUAUGAGAAGGUCAAGCUUUCCCUGGAGGUUGGUUCUAAUGUUGAAAACCAAACGGCCUCGUCCCCGACUAGGCAGGAGGCUGAAAAGCGCCGGGUAGCAGACCACAUUCAGCACUUCAACAAGCUCACCCUCUACUCUCCCACGGGCUCAAGCAAACAGAUCCGGUCUCCGCUAAAGUUCCAGCGCACCCCAGUUCGACAGACUGUCCGCAGGAUCAACUCUCUCUCAGGUGACAGUCGCAGGUUCAACGUAAACGUGACGAAGUCUUUGAGUCUAGAGAGUGGCCUCUCGCCUCACUCAAAGCUCCUGCCUCACCCGGGACGGCCACAAGUGAGACCGUCCAACAGCACGCUCGCUGGAAAGAAGCCUCCGCCCCUCCCGCCGAAAAGGCCAAGCACCCUAGUUCGAAAACCCGCGUCCUGUGCUCUGGGCGACGUGACAAACAAAGUCCAACCAAAGGUUAAAGUGGAGCGCUCUGCCUCGGAUCCAUCAGAAACCCUGAAUCCUGUGCAGCAGCUUGUAGAGAAGGGCUCGAACUAUUACAGAGGUUCUCCCAGAAACCCCCUCAACCCAGGACGACUACUGUCUGCUACCAAGCCUGUUGAUUUAUAG